AACUAAUCAACGGCAAAAGAACCUGAUACCCAAAUCCAUGUUUGUGCAUAGACUGUUAUGAAACAUUCAAUCUACCUAUUUACAGAGCUUGUUUUUUUUAGUAACAAUUCUUUGUCACUGUGUUAUUUUUGCAAUGAAAUUGAACUACACCAUCACCAUUUCACGUCAACAGUGUUUUUCAUUUCAUAUUUUUGUGGGGAAAAGCACUGUUGCGAUACACAUACCAUACCCAUGCAUUCUUGAUUCUAUCCUAUCAAAGUGUACCGGUAUUUAUUAAUUGGGAUCCACCGAGUGUUUAUGUUACACAAGUUUGACGCCCGAACGAUACCCAUUCGUGUUAUUGUCUUUAUUUUGAAUAUAUAUUUGUGUGUUGAAUGUGGGUAAACUGGCGCAUGUACCGGUAUAUCUACAUGUAUUAAACCUUUAUAAAGGUGUUGCCAGAUUCCCCAUCAUCCGUGUGUUCAUUGUUUGUGUUUUGUGUAUGAUCUUUUUUUUUGUGGGAGAAUCAAAAUAUACUUGUACUUAAGUCAUUCAAAAAUCAAUUUCGUCUUGUUGGGCCAAAACAAAUAAGUCACAACCGCAUUUGCCAGCGGUUAUGAUUAUUAUGUAAGUGUGUAUUAGUAGCGUUAGGUCGUAUAAAGGACCAAGCACGGUAUUGUACUCGUUGCUAGUUUAUCACUUUGAACGUACUGCCCUAUACCGGUAACAUUAUGUGAGCACAUCUGCACUCGGGGCUGUUGUAAGAUUUAUUUAUCUUCGUUGCACCAAAGCAAAUGAGUCGCAAUGGCCACCUACGUGCAGACAUAACACAUACUGGUACUAAUUUAUUUAGAAUAUCGUAGAAAUUUAAAUAAUUGAAAGAUAUGGCAACAGAAGAAGAAAAAAUGGAUGUUGUUGUUCCAGAGCAAGAGGCAGGAGAAGUAGUCGAAAACACAACACUAACAAAUGAAGAAAAAGCAGAACGGUUGAGACGAGCAGAAGAAAGAAUAAAACAAAGAAAAAUUGAAAUUCAAGAGGAAGAGAGAAAAAAAGAAGUUGAAAGGGAGAAGCAAAGACGAAAGCAGGGACAAGAUCUCGUGAAAAUUAAAUCAGAUAUUGAAUGGAGGGAAGCGCAAAAACUUGCAGAAGAAAGAAAGCGAGAAAAGAGGGAAGACAGACUCGCACGUCAACGUGUUUUGGAUGAAAUUGCUCAGGAUCGUGUUAAUAUGAAGGCUAAACAAGCAAAAAUAAAACAAGAGUCUGAACAUCAUGCUCAAGUUGAUCCAAAGCAAAUUGAAAAACAAGAACGUCAGCGUAUCAAAGAUGAAAUCGCCAGAGAUCGAGAAAAUACAAAAGCAGAGAGAGAAUCUAAUAAAAAGCAACAAACUGCUGAUUCCACAUCUACAAAACCUCCCGUUGUUCACAAGAACUAUAAUGAGGCAAAACUCCAAAUUCGGUUGCCAAAUAAUGACAAACUAAUUAAAAGUUUUGGGGCUGAUGAACCACUGAGUGCUGUACGCUUGUACAUCACAAUGAAUUCUGAUAAUCAACUUGGACCGUUUAUAGAUAUAUCAACCUCUUAUCCCCGUAAAAUCUUUAACGAAGAUGAGAUGCAAAUGUCAUUACGAUCAUUGAAUCUAAUCCCUACUGCAGUUAUAUUGGCAACUAAGAAAAAAGAACCAGAAACAGCCAUUUAAGUUUCUUAGAUUUAUUUUAAUUAUUAUGGCUUUAUGUUCCAUCCAUGCCUAGCUAUUAAAUGAUAAUAUCCUGUUUCAUCAGCAUACUCACACAUGUAAUUUUGGUCAAUCAUGGCCAUAUUCACACUUGUACUUUUGCUCAAACUGUAAUGUAUAAUCUGGUUUAUAACAGACUGAUUGAUGGUAGGAGAAAACAGUGUAUUGAUAAUCAUACCUUACUGAAAUUGCUUCAAUUUAAUUCAUCCUAUAGCUUGGCAUUUUAGUACCUUGCAAUACAUAUUUCAAAUUCCUUG